GUGGCAUUUUCCACUUUCUUGAGCCCAGUUUGUCCCACGACGCUCCCUCGUACAUCUAGUAGCCCUGCCGGGUCUUGUGCGACAAGGGUCCUCGUCGAAGCUAUUAUGUUUGGGCGUCGGUUCCAACAUUAGCUGUUCCUUCGCUCUUUCAUCUUCGCCUACAGUGUUGGUCUCCGACCUCGAGCCUCGCACGCCUGCCAGUCCGUUCUUGGCUGUCCAUUCUCCCCCAUCCUCACGACCCAGCAGUCACGACUGUACUCGACAGCAACCAUGGCAACCAUUGACUGGCCGACCGUGCCUCUCAAGGAUGGUGUUCUUGUCCCCAUUCUUGGGUUUGGAACCGGUACCGCCUGGUACAAGGACGACCCCAAUGACCCUUUUAAUCCCGAGCUUGUACUAGUUUUGAAGGCCGCCCUCGCCAAAGGACUUAUCCAUCUCGACGCAGCUGACUCGUACGGCACCGAGCGCGAGGUUGGUGUCGCUAUCAAGGAGAGCGGGAUCCCCAGGGACAAGUUGUUCGUCACCACAAAGGUCCUGGAAGGCUGGCGUGACGCGCCUAAAGCACUCAAGGAGAGUUUGGAGAGACUCCAGCUUGAUUAUGUCGACCUGAAUUGCCUGCGUGGGCAUCGGCUGACAAAAGCAGCCGGCCUCACCAGGGCCAUUGGAGUAUCCAACUUCCAGCGUCACCAUCUCGAGGCUAUCCUGAAGACAUGCACCGAGCCUCCGGCCUUGAACCAGCUCGAGUAUCACCCCUAUCUCCAGCGCUCGGACAACUACGUCCCCUGGAUGCAACAGAAGGGAAUCCAAGUCUCGUCCUUCAAGACAUUAGCCCCUGUCACGGUAGCACCUGGUGGACCAUUGGACGCCGUGCUCUCGUCGAUUGCCGUUAAACACGCUACAACCCCCGACGCGGUACUCCUCAGCUGGGCCAUCGGGAAAACUGUCGUUCCCAUAACAACGACAAGCAAGGGCGAGAGGAUGGAUGAGUACCUCAGCGCCGUUGCGCUGAAGCUCUCUCCGCAGGAACAGGAAGAUAUCACCAAGGUCGGUCUUGAGCGCCACUUUCGAUGGUGGGGGAAGGCCUUCUUCAAACCUGAUGACCGGUCAUGACGGGGAUGCCGAGACGCACAGAGAGACCC